CAGAGGAAGCUGGCGGGAGGAAUUGAUUGGGCCGCCGAUCUUUGUCUAUAAAUCGUCUUCCUCAUUUCCUCAGUCUCUCAAGUUUACUCAUCUGUUAUCAAUCGUUCAUUCACAGCUAACCCCGUCAUCUAGCACGAUCGGAUUCCUUUUUCGCUCUCUUUUCUUGCUCCAGAGCAUUUAAGCAAGGAAAAAACCUGACCUGCAGUCACCUUUGCUGCUAAUAAGAAAAGGAAGAGGAAGCUAAAGACCACAAAAGACCCAAAAAAUGUGGAUUUUGGGGUGGAAAGGGCAAUCUGGUUUCUCAGCUCGCUCCACUGCUGAAGAAGUUACCGAAGGAAUUGAUGCCGCUGGCCUCACCGCCAUUGUUACAGGAGCUACAAGUGGAAUUGGAGUGGACACAACAAGGGUUUUGGCUCUGCGGGGCGCCCAUGUGGUUAUGGCGGUGAGAAACGUGGAAGCUGGCAAGAAACUCAAAGAGUCCAUCCUAAAAGAAAUCCCUAGUGCCAAGAUAGAUGUUAUGCAGCUGGAGCUCAGUUCCAUGGCUUCCGUCAGGAAGUUCGCCACUGAAUACAUCGAUUCCUGCCUUUCCCUCAACAUCCUCAUUAACAAUGCAGGAAUCAUGGCACCACCUUUCUCGCUUUCUCCCGACGGCAUAGAGUUGCAGUUUGCUACCAACCAUGUUGGACAUUUUCUGUUGACCCAUCUGUUGCUGGACACAAUGAAGAAGACGGCUCGUGAGAGCAAUCGCGAAGGGAGGAUCGUGAUUGUUUCGUCAGAUGGCCAUAAAUUCGCAUACAGUGAAGGCAUUCGAUUCGACAAGAUCAACAACGAAGCAGAAUACAACUGCUACCGGGCUUAUGGACAGUCCAAGGUAGCUAACAUCCUCCACGCCAAGGAGCUCGCUAGGCGCCUUAAGGAAGAAGGGGCGAACAUAACUGCUAAUUCACUUCAUCCUGGUGAGAUCGCUACUAAUCUUGGACGCAACAAUGGCCUUCUUAAUGCCAUCUCCAACAGCUUUAUCAAGUACCUCCUCAAAACUUCAAGCCAGGGAGCUGCAACUCAAAUAUACGUGGCUCUGCAUCCACAAGUGAAAGGGGUAUCAGGGGAAUUCUUCAAGAACAGCAACAUAUCUGAAACUGGAACUGCUCCUGCUCAAGAUGAAGAGUUGGCUAAACAGCUCUGGGAUUUCAGCAUGAAGUUGAUAAAUACCUAGUGGAUCAAUUAUUUUGAUUAUCAUCGUUGUUGUCAUCAUUGUCGUUUGUCCGAGUUAAAGCAUUUUAGUUGGUGUGUCAGAUUUCGUGCUCUGCCGAAGAGGGAAAAAUGAAUGUAAGGUGGUUUGAUUUGUUUAGGGUGUUGUGAAAGAUAAUGUAACAAAAGGCUUAGCUUGCAAUUUUUCAGCUAUAAGAGUUUUCAUUUAUGAUU